AUGAUAAAACUUCUUCCACUGCUGCUGUCAAGCUCAGCUGCCCUGGGCGGCGCAUCUCAUCCCUCAGCAUCUGAUGCUCGGAGUUUUCAGAGUCACAUCAAGUACUACGAGGAUGCAAGAGCGGCGACACAACAGCAGGCAGCCUUCGUUAGAGGCGUGUCAAACGCUUCACAGACGAUAUCAUACCUAACAAACAAGACAAUACCUUUCGUGGUGAAUGGUACGGGCUUGCCACUGGUAGAUUGGGAUAUUGGCGAGUCAUAUGCAGGGCUUUUGCCCAUUUCACAAAAUGCUACCGAGACUCGAAAAUUGUUCUUUUGGUUCUUCCCUUCAGAAAACCCCGCAGCCACCGACGAGAUUGCGGUAUGGUUUACCGGAGGACCUGGAUGCUCGUCCAUGUUAGGUCUUUUGCAGGAGAAUGGGCCAAUUCUCUGGCAGACCGGGACGUUCAAGCCGACGCAGAAUCCGUAUGCCUGGAAUAAACUCACGAACAUGGUAUGGAUCGACCAACCUGUAAAGACUGGUUAUUCAGUCGGCGAGCCAGACAUCUUAAACGAAGAUGACCUUGUCCGAGAGUUCAAAGGAUUUUGGAAGAAUUUCAUGGAUACUUUUGAUCUUCAUCACCGAAAGAUUUACUUGACUGGUGAAUCAUACGCUGGGUUCUACGUUCCGUACAUUAGCGACGGCUUUCUGAAAGAGAACGACACUGAAUAUUUUAACAUCAAGGGUAUUGCCAUUAAUGACCCGUUGAUUGGUGAUACACAGUUUCAGCAAGAGAUAAUCCUUCCAGACUUCAUUGAUUACUGGAACACAGUACUGGGAUUAGAUGAGUCUUUCAUGUCAUACAUACGGUCUCAAAAAAAGGAGUGCGGCUAUGCGGAGUAUCUGGAUAAGUAUUUGACCUUUCCGCCGCCAUCUGGGCCAUGGGACGCUCUUCCGGACUACUGUGGGGUCUACUACGACUUCAUCGAUGCUGUGCUAGAGGUGAAUCCUUGCUUCAACGUCUAUCACAUUACAGAUAUGUGCCCUUUCCAAUACAACCCGCUCGGCGUUAUCAAUGGUGGAGAUUACGUGCCUCCUGGGUCCCCUGAAACGUACUUCAAUCGCGAGGACGUCAAAAGAGCUUUGAAUGUUCCAAACGCAGCAUAUUGGUGGGCAUGCUCUCUUAGUGGCGGUUUCGUUGGCGACGACCGAUCGUUGGGUCCCGGCGUCGAUGGUACACUCACAAGGGUUAUCGAGAGCCUUAAUAACACGAUCAUCGGCUCCGGAGCCCUCGAUUUUAUCCUACCAACAAACGGGACGUUGUUGGUUCUUCAAAACAUCACGUGGAAUGGUGCACAAGGUCUACAGCAAAAGCCGUCUACGCCGUUCUUCGUUCCGUCUCACAAAGAACAGAACAGAGGUGCCAUGGCCGGUGCGGGAAAUCUUGGGGUCUGGGGGACCGAGAGGGGAUUAACCUUCUACGAGAUACAGCUUGCCGGCCAUGAACUUCCAGGCUGGUCUGCUGGAAGCGGAUAUCGUAGCAUUGAGCUGCUUCUCGGUCGCAUUAAAGACUUCAGCGAUACAACUCCCCUAGCGAUCUGA